UACGUACAACGUUCUUGGAAACAAAAUAAAAAAGAAGCGAUGAAACAUGAUAAAUACUGAAGAUGGCCUAGGAGUUCCAAAAUUGAUCUCCUCCAUCUCCAAGCCCAGAAGAGCAUCGAAGAAAUGGCUACUCGUGCAAUCCUCAGAGCUUUCAGAGAUCGUUCAAUCACUUCCCGCGCAGCCUCAAAUUACAGACUUCUUAGCACAUUGGUUUUAGCUGAACAUGAAGGUGGUUCUGUCAAGACCUCAUCUGUGAGUGCAGUAGAGGCUGCAAAAUAUCUAAGCGAGGACAAUUCUGUUUCUAUACUACUUGCCGGAUCAGGCCCUUCCCUUCAAAAGGCUGCUGAGCAUGCUGCUUCAUGUCACCCUUCCGUUUCUCAGGUGCUCAUGUCUGAUUCAGAAAAACUUAAAUAUCCUUUGGCAGAACCUUGGGCCAGAUUAGUUCAUUUGGUCCAGAAGAAAGGCAGCUACUCACACAUAAUUGCUGCUUCAGGUUCUUUUGGAAAAAAUAUACUUCCUCGGGCAGCUGCCCUUCUAGAUGUUUCUCCAGUUACGGAUGUCACCGAAAUCUCUGGAUCUAAUCAAUUCGUCAGGCCAAUUUAUGCUGGGAAUGCUCUAUGUACAGUUCAGUAUACUGGUUCCAACCCUUGCAUGUUGACAAUUAGGUCCACAUCUUUUCCAGUGGCUCCAUCAGAUAAUGCAAGGUCUAGUGCAGCUCCAAUUCUCCAGGUUGACCUCUCAACCUUUGGUGAAGAGGGAAUGGAGAAAUCUAGAUACAUAAAGCAAAGCUCUCAGGAUACAGAGCGGCCAGAUCUUGGAAAUGCACGUGUAGUGGUUACUGGGGGGCGAGGGUUGAAAAACACUGAGAAUUUCAAAAUGAUAGAGAGGCUUGCGGAGAAGCUUGGCGCAGCAGUUGGGGCUACUAGAGCGGCCGUGGAUGCAGGAUUUGUCCCCAAUGAACUCCAGGUCGGUCAAACGGGAAAGAUUGUUGCCCCAGAAUUGUAUAUUGCUUUUGGUGUUUCUGGAGCCAUUCAACACUUGGCAGGCAUGAGAGAUUCUAAGGUCAUUGUUGCGGUAAACAAAGAUUCAGAUGCACCAAUAUUCCAGGUUGCUGAUUACGGACUUGUCGGAGAUCUAUUUGAGGUGAUCCCAGAGUUAUUACAGAAGCUUCCCGAGAAAAAAUAGAAUCCGUUACCUGUACCCCAAGUUUCUUGAUUCAUUUUUUUGUAAGCCAGGACCCACAGAGUAAAAGCAUAAUAACGAGCAUUACUUCACAUCAAGAUCCCAUCCCCUGAUCUUCACAGUUAGCAGUAUCUCUCCCCGUCUUCUCCGAAAAAGAAUAGACUAUUUGAAGUCCAAUGUGAUUAAUAAUCAUGCUGUUAUGUUCAUUUUGCUUACAAUUUAUGCAAAUUUGGGCGUCUAGGAUUUACUUUUGUCUUUUCAAUUUAAGAGGAUUUCAGUCGAUGGCUUCAUU